AUGAGUAACUGGACUCCUUGGCAGCCGGGAUAUUACCAACCCCCACACCCUCAGACCGCCCCACCUCAUCCUCAUAUCUACAAUCCCCAGCAAUAUGCACCUGGGACAUACUGGGAACAACCAGCUUGGAAUCGCCCUAAUUAUCAUCCUGAGCCACCGCAAUCAGCGGGGGGCGCCUACCGAUCGGCAAAGUAUCCUACGCUGAACCCCAUUCUCGCGGCGGAUACUACCCUCCUACGAUUCGAUAUUAGAAGAAAACCAGUGACCGAUAUCCUACAAACGACAUACUACUCCAAUCGGUACCUCCCAGCCCUCGAAUCGCGUGCUAAGCAAAUGCGACUGAUCUCGAAGGCCUUUCCGUUUGCGAUUGAUAUUGUCUCACCGACUCCAAUAACGUGUGAGAUGGUGUGGGAUGCGUUGUACACCGGGCUACAAGAGCCCCUAGCGGAUUCGGAAUGGGGAAUACUGGCUACGUACGACGAGUUGAAGAAGCAAAGGUCGACGAUCGAGAAAGCGGCGAAGAAACGGUCGGAGGGUGAGCCAGAUCAAGAUGGUACAUUCAUCAGGGUGGAUUGGUUAGGGGAUAAGGUCUACUUCAAGGGUUUGGAGAAGGAUGAUGAUUUUCAAAAGCUGAGGGCAUCCACGGCGUUGAAGCCAUGCCCGGAGACUUGGAUUGUCAAGCUAAGUCCAUAG